AUGACUGAACAAAAAUUUAAAACUUUUCACGAAACAUUCCGUCAAUGUGCAUUCGCUUUAGCCUUUGCUCUCAUUUAUCCAAACAUCAGCAAUUACCGAAAGAGAGCUAUUUUAUUUUACUCUGUUGUCGGUGUAAAUUCACUCAUGCUUUACUGGUUUUUCCUGUACUUAUAUAAAUGCACAGUAACACAAGAUUUGGUGAACCUCACGAGAAACAUAUCAAUUGGAAUACUUACCUCUUUAUUCUUUUUUAAAUAUUUCUACGUCAAUAGUAAGAUAGAAAUAUUCGCCCAACUCUUACAAAAAAUUACGGAUGACUUACUGAAAGGUAACGAAUUAGAAGAAGAUUAUCAAGAGAUAUACGAACAAUAUAUAAAAAUAGGUAAGCUUGGACAGUUUUGUUGGAUUGUUAUACCUCUACUAUUGAGUACCCAGUUUCCGAUGUACGCCAGCGUUGCAACGAUCUAUGAGAGCCUCAAGAGUGACGUUGGUAAGCGAUACAUGGUGCACGAAUUGGAAAUUAAAAAUCUAGAAGAUAAACAAUUUGAAACACCAUUAUUUGAAUUUGUGUUCGGGUACAAUAUAGUCCAAUGUAUAACAUUAUGUCCAAACUUUGUCGGGUUUGAUGGAUCCUUUUGCAUAGCCACGACACACCUUUGUAUGAAAUUAAAAUUGGUCAGUCACAAGAUGUAUCGUGCUUUUAAAGAUUCUAAAGACAGAGAUGAGCUCAAAAUACGCGUCAAAGAAGCUAUAAAGGAUCACCAAGAAGCCCUCGAUUUUUAUAAUGAUUUGCAAGAAUUUUAUGGUGGUUGGCUAUUUAUGGUAUUUUUAGUUACGUCGCUUUUAAUUGCAAUGAAUCUGUAUCAAUUAUACUUAAGCGAUCACAUUGACGUAAAAUACACUAUAUUUGCUAUCAGCGCAGCGACCCAUAUGUUCACGCCUUGUUACUUUGCGAGUAACUUGAUAAAGGCUAGUGAAGACCUAAGCUUGGAUAUUUACGCUGUAGAGUGGGAGCAUUGGGCAGACCCACAGAUUACGAAUCUUCUCAUAUUUAUGAUUGCGAAAUCCCAACAGAUCCUCCUUUUGCACGGUAAAGGGAUGGUCUACUUCAACAUGAAUCUAUUUAUAUCUUUACCUAUCGCUCCGACGAUAGCAAAAGUGUCUGCCGACCCUGGCGCUGCGUUCCCCCGCUGCAGCCAGCGAGUGGGGGGAGUACCACUACCAGCUCCCUUCACCUUCGAUCGCGGCGCAGCCGACGCACAGCCAAUGACCGCCCGCCCCGAGCCGGCGAAAGGUUUUAUAUACAAGUGGAAUUCGCACUGCCAAAUUGCUACAAGUCAAAAUAUAGGGUAGU